AAAAAAACUACUUCCUGUUUUUACGGAAACGUAAGACCCGGAAGUUGUCCUGAUUCCGCGGGGUUUUUGGGACGACAUUGUACUGCACAACCACAACACUGUGCAAAAAUGGCGGGAGUAAAUACCAUGGAGAAAAAACUGGCUGAAUAUAAGUGUGACACCAAUGAAGCUACAUGCUUGAAGCUUGUUCGCUUUCCAGAGGAGGUUGAUGAUGAUGGCACUACGUUUCACCCUGAGUACAGCCACCAAAUCUUUGGAGACGAUGAAGUCGCUUUUGGCUACAAAGGUCUUCAGAUACAGCUGUUCUACACUGCUGGAAACUUGAGCACCCUCUUCAAAGUGAAAUAUUCCUCUAAAGUCACAGAGACGUUUGAUUGUGUGGAGGCUGAUGAUGUAGAAGGGAAGAUCCGGGAAAUCAUUCCUGCCGGGUUCACCUGCAACACUGAUGACUUUGUGUCACUGCUGGAGAAGGAGGCCAAUUUCAAGCCCUUCGGCACCCUGCUUCACGCGUACACUGUCCCCAGCGAGGAAGCAGGAGAGCUCACGUACCAGAUUUACAAGGCUGAUAUCACCUGCCCGGGAUUCCAAGAGUACCACGAGCGCCUGCAGACCUUCCUCAUGUGGUUCAUAGAGACUGCCAGUUUCAUCGACACAGAUGACGAUCGCUGGGACUUCUUUCUUGUAUUUGAAAAGUACAAUAAAGAUGGGGAGACUCUCUACGCAACUGUUGGCUACAUGACAGUUUAUAAUUACUACGUGUAUCCAGACAAAACCCGACCACGUGUAAGCCAAAUGCUGAUCCUGCCUCCUUUCCAAGGGGAGGGCCAUGGAGCUCAGCUUCUGGAGGCGGUGCACAGAUUUUAUUGUAGCUUGCCCAAAGUGCAAGACAUCACAGCUGAAGACCCUUCUGAGAACUACGUGAAGCUCAGAGACUAUGUGCUGGUCAAACUUUGUCAAGGCCUGCCAUCCUUUGCUGCAGAAAAGUUGCACCAUGGCUUCUCAGCUGACAUGGCCAGUGAGGCACAAGACAAGUUAAAAAUCAACAAGAAACAUGCCAGGCGAGUGUAUGAAAUCCUGCGUCUGAGAGCAACAGACAUGAGUGAUGAAGAAAAAGCACGAGAGUACCGCUUGGAGGUGAAGAGGAGACUAUUUGGACCCUACAGGAAAAAUCAGCGGGAGCUGGCGAAGAUGAGGAAGUGCCUGCGGCCGGAGGAGCUGGUGUCCCACAUGGGGCAGAUGGACACUCAGACACAACACCAGGAGCUGGAGAAGAGUUAUCAAGUUGUUGUGGAAGACUACAGGAGAAUUAUUGAGAGGCUUGCAGCACAGGCCUGAUCAGACUGUGUGACGCUGAUGGCCUGGAGCCCACCCUCUCAACAUACAGGUGGUACACUGUCUGUACAAAGUCCACAUCAUCACAAACUUUAGCUGCAAUCAAGAGGAAACUCUCCUGAUGCAACAAAAUCACUGUUUUAAUUCAAGAGUGUCACAAAUGUAUAGUUACUGGUGUAGCAGUGAUAGGCUGUAGUGGAAAAGGCCUGUUUGUCAGCUGGCAUUGAUCCAGCGGAGGAGAAUCACGCAGCACAAGGGCGAGACUUCCUGUUUGUCUCAUGCAUUUCUCCACAUUCUGAGAGAUUAAAUGGUGUGAAAUAUUUUAUAGAUCAUAAGAGGUCCACUUAGCUGCAGAGACACCUGCUUCUUCUCCAUUUUAGACAUUUCUAAAGAUCUUUUUCAAAACAGUUCCCAGUGUGCAUGUUUGAAGCACUUCAUACUGAAAAUUAAAAAAUGUGUUUUGUA